AUGCAGAGGGCUCUCAAGUGCAGCCGGCUGGUCCUAGCUUUCUCCCUUAUCCUGGUUCUGGAGUCUUCAGUUCAAGGUUAUCCUAUGCAGAAAGCCAGGUACCAGUGGGUACGCUGUAAUCCAGACAGCAGUUCUGCCAAUUGCAUUGAUGAAAAGGGACCACUAUUCAAUCUACUUCCAGGUGAAUCCAACAGGAUUCUCCCUCCAAAUACUGACCCUUUUUCAAAGAUAAGAUUCCAGAACUUGCGUGAUAUCUUCCCUCUUUCUGAAGACUUUUCUGGAUCAGGCUCUGGCUCUGGAUCGGGCUCUGGAAGUGACUUCCCUACUGAAAUCGACCAAGAGUACCAACAAGUAGAUGACAAUGAUGCCUUCUAUUACAAUUCCAGGCCUCUUAAGAGGAAUCUGCCCUCAGACAAGCAGGAUUUGGGCCUAGAAGAAUCUGAAGGCGAUUUUGUUAUAUAA